AUGGACGCUGACCAGUCUGUGAGCAUGGAAGAACCGCAACCGACUCCGGUCCUACGACAAGACAGCGAGCCCGCGGUCCGAAGACGCCGCCGGUGGCAAUGGUGGAAUCGGGAUGUGCACGACGAAGUGAGCUACCUGACCACCGUCAACUACAGCGUCAAGGAACGAGAAAUGCAGAUCCUAAGGCUCGUCGAUGACAACGGCUUCAACUUCAAAGUAUUCUUCGUCGCCGCGUCCGGAUUUUUAGCUUCUUCUUACAGUCUUUUCUCGACAAACGUUAUUACCCCGGCCGUGAAUUACAUUUACCCAGCAUGUGGUCGCUUGGGCAAGGACUCGGGGUUGGUGAUCGACUUGCUGACCUUGAUUGGCACGAUCGUUGGAAUGCUGGUCGUUGGCCACUUGGCUGAUCGUGCUGGCCGAAAAAGACUCUAUGGUUUCGAACUUUCCAUUCUCAUUAUUGCCACUAUCGGCAUGGUGCAAGCUGGAGAGGGAUUCAUCUACCAAGUCGACGACGGCAUCACAUACAAGCACUCGAUGAAUAUAGGCACUAUGCUUGCCGCCGUAAAGUCGAUGCAGUCCCUGGCACGCAUCCUCGCGGUCUCCGUCGGCCUAGGGUUUCUCAGAGAAAUGACACGACAUACGGAUACGGACUUCAAACAUCCUCUCACAACGCCUACAGAGAUAAACGAAUCGAAAAUAAUCGUGGACAGCGUGUGGAGAUGGGUGAUUGGCAUUGCCGUCAUUCCAGCUGCAAUCGCCAUCCUCGCCCGACUCACGAUCCCCGAGACGCCGAGGUAUUACGUCGAUAUUAUGAAGGAUCUGCGCAAGGCCGUCAAGAACGCGUUGCAAGUUUACAAGACGAAGAAAGUAACAGAAACGAACCCUGUCGCCGCGGGUCCCGUCAGACAAAACAGUGAUCAGAACGACCAUUGGUAUAGUGGGGCCUGGGCGUAUCUCAACCGCGACUCGAGACGGGCGCUAUGGAGGCUUAUCAGCAUAAGCGUUCUAUGGGGUCUUAUGGACGUGGGAUUUUACGGACUCUCUUUAGAUAGCCCAAACGCUCUUUCCACCCUCGAGAAUGAUCCAAGAUCUGCCACCCAAUCGCAAUCGUUGUCUGUUGACCCGAGCUGUCCAGACUCCAUGAACUGGCUCGCAACGCUCGAAGACCCAAACACCACCAUCUACCACAUGUUGGAACUGAACUCGGUCAGGUCACUUAGGGUAGUUUCCAUUGCGUCGAUAGCAGGCAGCAUCACUGCAAUUUGUCUCGUCAACUACUUCCAAAGACGAAAGAUACUCGCCGUGACGUUCUGCCUGUCAGCGUUACUCUUCACGAUAACGGGUGGGACGUUACUCAAGGCUAGCGCGGAUGGGAAGAAGCCCACCGCGUCUCUCGUGUUCUAUGCUCUUACCCACUUCGUGUACAACGUGGGGCCGAACACAUUGAUUUUCGUUUUGGCGGCUGAGAUCUUCCCAACAGUCUAUCGUGGGACGUUUUACGGGAUAGCAGCGGCCGGCGGCAAAGUCGGCGCCAUCACCAUCCGGGCCAUUAUUGGAGCCACGCAGAAUACGCCCCGGGCACUGGGAAUCCGACUCCUCGUAUGCAUGCCGCUCAUGCUUUUCGCGGCAGCCAUAUCCUGGUAUCUCCCAGCAGUCCAAUAUCCCCGGAAACCGGCAGAUAUCGAAUCCCCUCCCGCAGAGCCCUUGGCACCAGGGGCCGAAAAGUCAGUGGCGCCCGCUCAGACCAGUAUUGUGCCCGGCCAAAAUGGCCAAAGUACUGGCGCAGAGGCAGAUCAACAACAAGAAGGCGCGGAUGAUGCAGCGUCCGAUACUGCCUCCACGGUUAGCACGGACACAACGCCUUCGCGGACGGACCGAAAAAAGAGAAAAGCCACCGGCUUCUUCCCACGGUUGCAGAACAUGACGCUUGAGGGUAUCGCUCCAAACCCUAACUUGCGGGAGAGGAGGCAGAGGAGGGCGGGCGUGGGUCUUGGCGUCGAGAUGGCAGCUACUGGCCGGACAACAGGGUCCCAACCUCAGAUUUCCGGGGCAAUUACUAGUGUAUAA